AUGUCGGACGCGGACUCGCCUGCCCGCUCGUCAGCCAACGAGCCGGUCGACGAUGGGCAAGAGGCCACAUUCCAGGAUGAGGUUGCCGCCGCCGACUCCGACCGCGACUCGGAUCUCCUCUCUGAAAUCGACGAGAACCAGUUUGAGGACUACGACCCGGAAACGGCCAACAUCGAGGACCGCCCCGUGGACAUUGACGAGGAUAUCGCGCGAACACUCAAGGCCACCAAGCGAAAGCGUACAGACGGCGAUGUGCCCAAGAAGCCUCGAGAGGGUCGGCGGGACAAGAAGAGGCGAGACCGAGAUGACGAGGUUCCCGUGGAGGACGACACCCCGGCAGACACAGGCAAGACGACGCAGAGGAGAUCGAGGCGAACGGAGCCGGCCAACGAGGAAGAGCUCAGCCCGGAGGAGAGGAGGCAACGGGCCAUAGAUCGUGCGCUCGACGCCGCCAUCAAAAAGGGCGGAACCACGAAACGCAGACGCAAGGACGAAAUUGACCUCGAGGACGAAAUCGACGACCAGCUGGCACAACUCAAGCUGCAAAUGGAACGGGCUUGCCAGGCCGACAAUGCGGCUCGCGAGUCUGGCCAGCCAGCGCUGCACAAGCUGAAGCUUCUACCGGAUGUGACGGCCAUCCUCAACCGCAACAAUGUGCAGCACGCGGUGCUGGACCCCGACACCAACUUUCUCCAACACGUCAAGUUCUUCCUCGAGCCACUCAAUGACGGGUCUCUGCCGGCAUACAACAUCCAGCGCGACAUUUUCUCGGCGUUGACGCGGCUGAACAUUGAAAAGGAGACGCUGCUAAGCAGCGGGAUUGGAAAGGUGGUGCUGUUCUACACUCGCAGCAAGAAGCCGGAGCCGAGCAUCAAGCGCAUGGCUGAGCGGCUUCUGGGAGAGUGGAGCCGGCCCAUUCUGAAGCGAACCGACGACUACAAGAAGCGACACGUUGAGACGCGCGAAUUCGACUACCAGGCUGCCAAACUUGCGCAACGGCAAAAGGCAGGGUCGCAGUUCAAUCUCACGCAGCGGCCGUCGCAGUCGGCCCGGGAUGCGUUCUUGGCCCCCCAGAGCGGUGGUAACCAAGCGCGCAUGGCUAGUCUUCCGUCGAGCUACACGAUUGCGCCCAAGAGCACCUUUGACGGGUCGCGAGGGCAAGAUCAUCGCCCCCUGGGUGCCAGUGGCAUGGAAGCGUUUAGGAAGAUGACGCAGAAGAGCAAGAAGCGGGCGUAG